AUGCCCAGAUACUGCAGGACAGUUACCUUUGUCAAGCCCAUAGUACCCCUAUCACUGAUAGCCGAGGCUGCUACCAUCUUUUUAAUCCAAAAAAUCGUUCCUCAUUUCAUUAUAGAGACACUCAUAGGUUUGAUGGCCCUUUUAUGGACCCUGGCUGUUUUCCUUAGCGGAGGCCGCAGAACCAGAAGGUUCAUGCAGGCAGGAAGCACGUUCGACCACCUGUGCACUGGUUUCACGUUUGCUUGGGGUUACAUGCUUUGGAUCAGUUGGCCAAAUCUAGAAACUUCAACAGUUCCCGCACCAUUCAAUUUACCUGUGGGGCUGCUAGCCACACUACUCGGUGCCGCAAUCUUCGUGUACUCAGUGGCUUUUUUCUCUCGCGGAAAUAUUCACUUCCGACAUUCUCUAUUUGGCCAAUACAUCUCAUGGCCUUUCCAAGACGUCGAAGAGCCUCCUUCAAAUACACCGUCUCCGGAACCCCCUAACCUUCCCCUUUUACCCUUGCACUCAUCAUCCAGCACUGGUCUCCAGAACCCCCUACCUUUGCCCCAUCCCACCCCCAUGAUGCUGGUCCGUCUCCGGAACCCCCUACCUUUGCCCCUUCCAUCCCACCCCCAUGACGCUGGUCCGUCUCAUUCCGUCCAGCGCUGGUCUCCGGAACCCUCUACCUUUCCCCCUUCUAUCCCACGCCCAUGA